UUCUUCUUCCGAAUAUGCGCGAGCGAGAGUGGUGAUUCAGUUAGUUAGCGUCAAUGGCAUUGUGCGGACCGAGCCACCAGCUCGCUUUAAUCUCCGGCAAUGGGCGGCAGAAAACAGGACGGCUAAGUAGAACCAGAAGGGGAUUCAUAAAAGCUCAGGCAUCGACGAGCUCUGAAGCGGCGGUGUUCGAGGAGGGGCAAUUGGAGCGGCCCAAUUGGGCUGGAGAGACCCCUUUGUCACGGCUUGUCGGUGCCCUAAUUUCCUUUAAACCCGUCUAUUCCAUUCUUAAGCUCGGCGCCAGACAAGUGUUCAUCAGUACAGCGGAGAAGAAGCACAUUCCAUGGCGGAAGAUUAGUUCCGAUAUUCUGGAGUCUGACGUCUACAAGGAGCUCGAGAGCGUUCAAAAUCUCUCCAUUGUCUAUCCCGAUUAUUACCUAAAGCCCUUCCAUGCAUAUGACGAGGGCAAUCUCUCAUGGCUUGCUGCAGCAGAAGCAGAGCCGGCAACCAUGUCCAUGAUCAUGCGAGCGGUACCCACCGCCACUUCAGUAGAUGAAGCCAAGAAAGUAGUAUUUGGAAACUGGCUGCGUACCAUUGAGGAGCAUCAUCUGCAGUACUCAAAGAAUCCUAUUCUAGACAUUCUUGACAUUGGCUGUUCUGUAGGCUUUGGUACAAGGCAGCUAGCUGAUAAGUUUCCGACAGCUAAAGUGACAGGGCUUGAUUUGUCUCCUUACUUCCUUGCGGUGGCUCAAUACAUGGACAAGAAAAGAGCUCCAAGAGAGAAUGCAAUAAGAUGGUUGCAUGGAAAUGGAGAAGAAACUGGCUUGUCUUCAAGAUCUUUUGACCUACUUUCCAUUGCUUAUCUGUUCCAUGAAUGUCCCCAAGUAGCAAUAGUCAAUAUCCUCAAGGAAUCGUUUCGGCUUCUUCGACCCGGUGGCACAAUUGUAAUCACUGACCAAGCUUCAAAAUCAAAGGCCGUUCAGAAGCAGCAGAAGACGGCGAAGGAUCAAGAACGCCAAGAGGAUCACGAAGAGAAUGAAGCAAUUGAGCUUGUUCUCUUUCAAGUUUCUGAAUGUUAUGUCUAUUUGAUACCGCCAAGAAAAAGUGCAGCUUCCUACAGGGCUGAUGAAUGGGAUGUGAAUAAAUGGGCCUGGGAGGGAAAACUGAAAGUCCUUAGCAAGGGAGAAGAAUGCAUUAUCAGACUUGAAGAUAAGGCUACAGGUGAAUUAUAUGCUCGGGCAUUUUUGAGAGAAGGGGAACAGCAUCCAGUUGAAACUGUAAUUGAUAGCAGCAGAUAUUUUGUUCUUCGCAUAGAAGAGAAUAUUGGUGGUCGCCUUCGGCACGCAUUUAUCGGCAUAGGGUUUCGAGAAAGAACUGAGGCUUAUGACUUCCAAGCAGCUUUGCAUGAUCAUAUGAAAUAUCUCAAUAAAAAGAAGAGUGCAGAAGAGAUGGAACAACAGUUCCAGAAAACAUCCUCAGUUGAUUACAGUCUGAAAGAUGGCGAGACAAUAGUACUUCAAUUCAAAAGCAAAAAAAGCACUAGCAACAUCAAGAAGCCUUCUGAGCUAGAUGUGAAGGUUUCCCCACCAGAAGAAGAGGGCAACACAAAAAAAGAGUCCAUUUUUUGCAUCAAACCACCUCCACCUCCUCCAGCUCUACUCUCACCUGUUGCAGCCCAGAAGUCUCCUACGAAUGUACCACCAAAUAUCAAUCUGGACGAUCCUUCCAAGCACAAGCUUGCAGAACCAGCAAAAGAAGACUCCAAUGAUGCUGAAGGUCAAAGCACACUUGAUUUACCUGAUGACGACUUCGGAAAUUUCCAGGCAGCUGAGUGAUGGCAUGGAACGUGUACAUUCUCGAAUACCCAAUUCGAUCUUCGUUUUUCACAUGCUACAAAUUGCUUAGAUUUCACAUGAGAUCGUAUGUGUUGUUAUUAACCUUGUUGUGAAAUUAGCAUGAAGAGUUAUGUUACCAUGCCUCAGCGGUUCAGUUAUAACUGUGAUGAAGCCAAGCAAAGAGACCAAAGGAAAUAUGGAAUAUCAUAGAAAUUCUCUCAAAUUUUCUCGUUCU